AUGUCCAACAACCGCAACUACGACUUCCUUAUUAAGCUGCUGCUGAUCGGCGACUCGGGCGUAGGCAAGUCCUGCUGCCUGCUGCGCUUCAGCGAAGACUCGUUCACGCCGUCCUUCAUUACGACCAUCGGCAUCGACUUCAAGAUCCGCACCAUCGAGCUCGACGGCAAGCGUGUCAAGCUUCAGAUUUGGGACACCGCCGGUCAGGAGCGCUUCCGUACCAUCACCACCGCCUACUACCGCGGUGCCAUGGGCAUCCUCCUUGUCUACGACGUCACCGAUGAGCGGUCAUUUAACAACAUCCGCACCUGGUUCGCAAACGUCGAGCAGCACGCCACCGAGGGCGUCAACAAGAUUCUCAUCGGCAACAAGUGCGACUGGGAGGAGAAGCGCGUCGUUUCGACCGAGCGAGGUCAGCAGCUCGCCGAUGAGCUCGGCAUUCCCUUCCUCGAGGUCUCGGCCAAGAGCAACAUCAACAUCGACAAGGCCUUUUAUUCGCUUGCUGCCGAUAUCAAGAAGCGCCUAAUUGACAACCAGAAGAACGAGCAGCCCGCCGCCUCGGGCGUUAACGUUGGCGAGCAAGGCAGCGCCGGCGGAAAAUGCUGUUAG